UCCCAGGCAGAGACAGAAACAAUAUGGCGGAGGUGAGGCGGCGAAAGAGCUGGUUUUACCCCGAUGUGAUUUAAUGACGGCGGCCGCGUACUUACCGGCUUCCCGAGCGGCCGGCUGUUGAGGUGUAGGUCGAGGUAGCGGAGCUUGAAGCGCUGGGGUUGUUGGAUUUUGGAGCCGGCGGGGUGCAGAUUACUUCAACUAUUUAUGGGAAUCUCUGACCAAGAUGACAGAAGGGCAUCUGCAGGGGAUCUGUUUGCACUGCCUCAGGCCUAGUUGUCGCUUACAACUAGUCCACCUUGAACAAUCAUUGCAGUGUGGCUGGAAAAUGGGCACCCUGUUGGGAGUUAAACAAAGUUACAAAGCAUUUGAAACUAAGUGAAGAGCUGAGAAGCAAAGUAUAGAUUCAAUGAAAAGAAGACGAAGAUGGCACAUUUGAAAAAUCUACCACCUUUAUACUCAAGAAAAUAGAAAUUCUUCAGAUAGAAAUAAUUCAGUUAAUAUGCUACACAAUUAAAACAAUUAUAACAGGAGUAUAAUGUGCUAAUACUUAGCCAAUUAAAAAUUAAAUGGUAUAUGUAACUGCUAUGCCACCAUCUGCUAGUAAGGUGGGGACGAACCUCCAUACUGUAAAAAAAUACUUGAGUUUGUUAAAGGUACAAAUUGUUAAAAAUAUCAAUUAUGUCAGUUUAAAGGAAACUGUGAUUAAAACUAUAAUUUUAGUCUUGCUUUAAAUCAACUAAUAUCUUAUAAAAAUAUUUAAAACAACAACUGAUUCCAACACCAGACAGAAAUACAAGCUCAAAGCUUGCUUAAAGUACAUCUACAGUGAUUCUUGGUGUCCUUUGUUCCAUAACCACUCUAAAAAUUUAUAAGUGCUUGGGCUGAUAUUAAGAAACUUGAGGCUAUACAUCUGGAACACACAAAAUGCCUCCUAGCCAGUCAAAGGAGCACACACUUCAUAAACUGCCCAGCCACCUGCUAGUCUCCUCUUACAACACUUGUGAGGAAGUUUCAUUGGCAUUAAUUAGCCACUUCAGAAUCCACAAAUGAGGUCAUUUGUCGUCAAUCUUGAGGGACUGCCUAAGAAUAUUCAAAGGUUCAAAGCACAUUUCUUAUCAAAGAAUGUAUAAAUUAUACACCUUGAAGUUUGGCUGCUUAUAGGCAGCCACAAAGCCAAAAACAUUAACCUUUUUUUAAAAAAAAAGGCCAAAAACCACUGUGCAUAGAAGGAGAGAGAGAGAAAACAAAACGUGCAUCAUGCAAACAACAGAAGCAAGCCGACAGCAUCCUGAACCAGACUGAAUCCCAGAUUGGCUCCUGAACAGCUGGAGUAGGCCCAAGCCAAGCCUCUGUUGUCCUUAGUGUUCACACUAACAGUGAGAAACGCACAGCAGCCCUUCAGCUCUUCAUUCAUGGAAUAGUUCUUAGAAAGACAACUAAAUGACUUAACCCCUCCCCCCCCCAAACUGUAUCUACCACUAUUUCCUUGUGAAUAAUUUUUAUCCCACAAAUUUGAAAUGUAUAUCCAGCUCUUUUUGAAGUUUGUCCUUGAGGGGGUGAGGGGAAAAUUCUUUAAAGUAUGGCAGAAUGUGUUUAGGCUCUUCCUACUUGGGAUAGUUUAUUUGGGCCAAAAAAUUGCAUUGGAGGCCUUGAAAAUAAAAUGAUAUGCCACAAGACCAUUACCUUAAAACAAAUGACCUUCUUCAGUUUUAUAUUACCGGUUGUUUUAUGCUUCGAAGAUCCUUGCCAAUGCCAGGUUCGAAAUGGAGCUCAGAAGGAGCUAAUUUUUCAGAACAAGUUGCACUCCCUAUUGUCUAAUAUUAGAAUGGAGUUGGAAACUGUCUCUGUAUAUCAUGUGAUCACUGUGCUUAAAGUCAGUGGGUACUUCUGGAGCCAUGAAAUGCAAGUUAUUUGAGAUCUGUAAUAAACAGUUAUGGUAUCAGGAUAAAUGAUGUUUGAGUUUAACACUGUUACAAAACAAUAAGAACUCCACUUCACAGUUUUCUUUCCUUUUCCUGUUUGUUGCAGUAUUUAAUGUCCUACGUUAGAACUUCAUAGUGUACCAUAAUUGCAUUUUAAGUUAUCUCAGUCUUGCCUGAGUGGACCAUAAUUAAAAUAUAUUCUGUGGAUGUGCAUAUACACUAAAUAUACUAUUGCACUCUGUGUUAAGAUGAAACUGUUAAAGUUCCUUUCCAACCUUAUUUGAUUUGUGUAUCUUCAAACUUUGUUAAAUUCUGACUAAGUAGUUCUGUUGAUUCCACAUUGCCCUAGGGCACAUUGCAAAUGUAAAAUGAAGCCCCUUCAGAGCCCUUUUUUUUAUAUUGCAAACCCUGAGUUUAAUGUGGUUGAUUUCCAUAAUUUUUUAAAAAUGUUAUUCAGAUUUACAGUGUGCUACAGUUGUGUCUUUGUUACUGUACAGGGAGAGGUUUGAUGUCAAAAAUGAGCCAUAGAUAUGACGUAUAAAAUGCCUCACUUUGCAAUACCACUUCAAAAAAUACUGAUGUACAGUUUUCCAUUGGGCUUCUUUGAUUUAAGAUUAUCCAUUGUUAAUGUUGCUUUCAAUAUCUUUUGUCCAUGCUACAGAUAGAAUUGCUGAUAUACAGUAUAUUCUGUAAGUGGCAUGAAGUGGGGUGAAAAUGGUUUCAAACAGUUGAAAUGUGGAGCUUGAAUUCUGAUUAGUAGCUGGUAGUUAUAAGUUGAUGCAUGGUGUAACCAAGUUACCAAGCAUUAUUCCAUUUUCAUGGAUUCACAGAAUCACUUAGUUGACAUGAAUGUAAGGAGGAGUUGAUAGCUAAAUAAUAAUGCAUUUACAUAGUGUCUUUAAUUCAGUAUAACCUCUUAAGGGCCUUCAUACGAUCAUUUUCAAACAAUGUUUAAUAGGCUUUUGGAGGUGAUCUAUAGAUAUUUGGUCAAGGUAAUAAACAUUGAGGAUUAUCAAGAGCAGAGCCUGUUGGAGGGGUUUAAGAACCUGGAGUCCAGAUGGUUGGAAGCCUUCCUACCAGUAAUAUAUGAGAGCUGUGAAUCAAUCAGAAGGUGGUAGUACUGGAGGAGGUUACAGAAAUGGGGAGGACUUAGGGUCAUGAAUAAAUUUAACAAUAGGAAAUAUAAUUUUAAAAUAUAGUGGAUUCUAGUUAAUUGGGACAUAUUGAGACCAGUUCAUUUUGGUCCAAUUAAGCGGCUGCCACAAUUAGCCAAAGUUUCAUGGGACUAGUUAAAAAGGUAUAAAAAGACAAACUACUGUUUAACUGAGUAACAAUAUCUGUACAGUGCCUAUAAAAAGUACUCACUCCCCCUUGGAGCUUUUCAUGUUUUAUUGUUUUACAACAUUGAAUGACAGUGGAUUUAAUAUGGCUUUUAUGACACUGAUCAACAGAAAAGACUCUCUCAUGUCAAAGUGAAAACAAAUUCCUAGAAAUUGGUGUAAAUUAAUUACAAAUAUAAAACAAAAUAAUUGAUUGCGUAAGUGUUCAUCCCCUUCAAGUUAAUAUUUAGUAGAUGGGCCUCUGGCAACAAUUACAGCCUAGGGUCUGUGUGGAUUGGUCUCUAUCAGCCUUGCACAUAUGGACACUGCAGUUUUUCCCCAUUCUUCUUUACAAAACUGCUCAAGCUCUGUCAGAUUGCAUGGGGAUCAUGAGUGCACAGCCCCUUUCAAAUCCAGCCACAAAUUCUCAUUUGGAUUGAGGUCUGGACUCUGACUUGGCCACUCCAGGCCUUUAACUGUGUUGUUUUUGAGCCAUUCCUGUGUAGCUUUGGCUUUAUGCUUGGGGUCGUUGUCUUGUUGGAAAACAAAUCUCCCAAGUUGCAGUUCAUUUGCAGACUGCAUUAGGUUUUCCUCCAGGAUUUCCCUGUAUUUUGCUGCAUUCAUUUUACACUCUACCUUCACAAGUCUUCCAGGGCCUGCUGUACUGAAGCAUUCCCACAGCAUGAUGCAGCCACCACCUUGCUCAAUGGUAGGGAUGGUGUGUUUUUGAUGAUGUGUGAUGUGUAUUGUUGGCUUGAGCCAAACAUAGCAUUUAGUCUGAUGGCUAGAAAAGCCCAAUUUUGGUUUCAUCAGAUCAUAGAACUGUCUUUGAGCUGACUUCAGAGUCUUCCACAUGCCUUCUGGCAAACUAGCUGAGAUUUCAUGUGAGUGUUUAUCAGCAGUGGCUUUCCCUUUGCCACUCCCCCAUGAAGCUGUGACUGGUGAAGCACACUCUCUCUUAAGUCAGUCACUGAGGCUUGUAACUCCUCCAGAGUUGUCACAGGUCUCUUGGUGACCUCCAUCACUUGUCCCCUUCUUGCAUGGUCACUCAGUUUUUGAGGAUGGCCUGCUCUAGGCAGAUUUACAGCUGCGCCAUAUUCUUUCCAUUUCUUGAUGAUUGACUUAACUGUACUCCAAGGGAUAUUCAGUGACUUGGAAAUUUUCUUGUAUCCACCUUCUGACUUGUGCUUUUGAUUAACCUUUUCACAGAGUUGCUUGGAGUGUUCUUUUGUCUUCAUGAUGUAGUCUUUGCCAAGAUACUGAUUCAACAGCAGUUGGACCUUCAAGAUACAGGUGUAUUUUUACUACAAUCAAUUGAAACACCUUGACUGCACACUCCACCUAACCAGUUAUGUGACUUCUAAAACCAAUUGGCUGCACAAUUGAUGAUUUGGCCUCUGUUGGUAGACAGAGUCCUCGUGUGGUGUUGUAUCGAACACAGAAUCUAUGUUCUUUAGAAAACAGAGUUCAGUCUGGAGGAGCUGGCUCAAUGGGCUCAGCAGAUCACAGAUUCAACUUGGCCGAUAUCCUGUCUCACAAUUACACUCCUCAGGAAGAAGAGGAAACGCCUGAGGCAGAUAAAUCGUUUGAAGAUCUGGAGAGGGAAAGUGAUGUGCCUCUGGAAGAACUUCUAGCACUUUAUGGCUAUGAAGCAUCUGAUCCAAUCUCUGAACAUGAAAGUGAGGGCAGCUCUCCCAGUGAGCUUGCUGAUAACUUGCCGGAUAUGACCCUGGACAAGGAGCAAAUAGCUAAAGAUCUUCUUUCUGGAGAGGAAGAGGAUGAAACUCAAUCGUCAGCAGAUGAUUUGACUCCAUCAGUUACUUCCCACGAGGCAUCAGAUCUUUUCCCCCACCCUCUCAGAUCAAAUUCUAUUGAAGAUGAUAAGGAACUUUCAUUAACGGAUGAGGAUUCUGAAGAAGAUGAUUCCAUUUUGUCAAAUGACUGUAAAAAGGAAAUUAUGAUUGGUCCUCAAUAUCAAGCUCCAAUUCCACCUUUUAUAAGCAAAUAUAGGCAGAAUGAAAAAGUUUAUGAUAAUGAAGACCAGUUGCUAUGGGAUCCCUAUGUUCUCCCAGAAAGAAGAGUCGAAGAGUUUCUGUACAAAGCAGUAAAGAGAUCGAGAGAAGAAAAAAUAACAGAGAACUUGCCUGAAGGAAUACUUGUAAAAGAUAGUGAACAGGCUUUAUAUGAGCUCGUGAAAUGCAAUUUUAAUGCUGAGGAAGCUCUCAGAAGACUAAGAUUUAAUGUCAAGGUGGUACAAGAUGAACUGUGUUCCUGGAGUGAAGAGGAAUGCAGAAAUUUUGAACAUGGACUUCGUGUCCACGGGAAAAACUUCCAUCUGAUACAGGCAAAUAAGGUACGAACACGUUCUGUUGGCGAGUGUGUUGCAUAUUAUUAUAUGUGGAAGAAAUCUGAACGUUAUGACUAUUUCGCUCAGCAAACAAAGUUUGGAAAGAAGAAGUACAGCCUUCACCCAGGUGUCUUAGAUUAUAUGGAUCAGGACUUGGAUGGUAUGGAGGGUGAAAGUUGCAGCCACGCACCAAGCUCUCCACCCAUUUCCUCUACUACCAGCAGACUGGAUUCUGAGCAGGAGUCUAUUGUGCUUCAUAACUCAGAACAGCAAGAUGUUGAACUUGACACGAGUGCUAACAGUCAGAUGUUUGAGUACCUCAGUCCUGCAGUGAACCGACCUGAAAUGAAUUGUUCACCGGAUCCUAUCUGUGACCAAGCAAGAGUUGCACCCACACACGACUGUGAUGCUGUUCCUUUAGGGCAAGCUGAACCUGGAUUUUUCCAGCUGGAACUGGAUCAAGUCAUUCUGGACAGACCAGCAUUGGAGAUGUCCACAAAAAAAUUGAAGAUGGAUUUCUCAUUGCCUAAGUCAUUUAAUGAUGGGCUGCCUGACAAUCCCAGCAAUGUGGAUUUUGAAAAUCACGCUUCACAUAUUGCUCAAGCAAAAAUGUCUGUUGCUGUGACGAAUUUUGGAAGUAUUGAUGUUGGAGAUGUGAACAGUUUGCUCAGUGCUCAUACAUUGCACCACUCCGCAACUAUUCAGUCGGAAUCUUUAUCUCAGUGAGAGCUAGACGUCUUGCAGAUUAUUUUAUUUAUAUUUUACUUUAAAAGUUACUGGAAAACUAUUUUUUGGCAUGACAUCAGUGAUGUCUUCUAUUUAUUUACAGUACAUAUUUGUUUCUCAAGAGGAUGGAACCAUUUAUUUUUUGGGCCCAGGUACAUGAAUGGGAUCUAAACUUUUGGAUGUCACAUGAAGGAGACUUCCCCCACAUUUUUACAGAACAAAAUCUUUUUCAUCUGUUAAGUUUUUGUAUUCAUCUUGUCAGUGAAAUUGGAUUCAUAACGUUAUCACCAACAAAUCUCAUUCAUGGCAGUUAUUCUGGUCAUAAACAUUUUUAUUAUUGUGCAUGGUGUUUAAAGUCUAACUUUAGUCAUUUCCUACAUCUCAAGAAAUUAAUCAGUGUUCUUUUUAGAUAAAGAUGUGUGCAUUUUGUGUGUGACUGAUUUCUAGUAGUACAUUAUUUAACCAAACCAUCUGGUAAAGGACAUAAAUAGCUGUUCCUUUGGUUUGGGAAAAUGUGAGCUGAUUGAUUGGAGGAAACCCCAUUCCAUAUCAAUUGUUUAACUAUCUCCCUUUUGAUCUAAUGAGCCAAUCUUGAACUAUUCUAGGCUGAUACAGAACAGUGAUCUGGGUGUCUGAGAGGGCACCUAAUAUUCUGGUCAUUCACUACAACCAGAAUAGUACUAGGGAUUGAUUAAGGUGGAUCCCAGGGAUUCCUUAUACCAAACUGUGAGCCAAUUGCUGUGUGGACUUUAUGUCACUAGGUGAUGGUUUGUGGUAAUACUUUGCUGUACAUCUAGUGUUAAUAAAGGGUAUUGCAUGGACCAGAUAUAAUUUGUUCUUAAUGAAGUGAGGGCUGUAGAAAUCUGUUCUUUUCUUCAAAUUCGCAGGUGAGAUGAGCAACUGCCCCACCCUAUCCUCAACCCAUCAAAUAAAAGUGCAAUUCCUGUUGGAUAGCUGCUAAGUCUCUUAAAAAGCAACCAGUGUAUUUUCCUAGAUUUUCAUGCUAUGGUCCAAUUGGAAUGCAAUCGCCACCUUGCUGCUGGCCUGUAAACUGGCCAUUAAGUUAAGCAUUUAGAACUGCCUUUAUUUUAGAAGUGAUUUUAGUUGGAAGCACAUCUUGAUUUUGCAUAUCUGAAAGACAAGCUGUCAGUACAUUGCAUUUAUCCACAUUGGGAAAUGAUGAUGAUCAACCUGGCAUGCAUUGUGAUUGAAAUCCUUCUCCAAAAAAUACAGCCAAAACAUUUUAAAUCAUAAAACUGCAAUGUCCUUUGUAGAACACAAAGUGAGAAGAACGUUGUAUGCUGCCAUUGAGUUGCACCUUAAUUGAGACAGUGCAACAUUGAGUAGACAGGUGUUGCAAUAAUAAUAAUCUUUCUGCAUAUUUUAUAAGGCAACACUUUAACAGUCUUGCACUGAAAAGGUCUAUGCACUCAAACAUUAAAUUUCUCAUACAUUGUUACACUGCAAUAAAAAGCAAUCCCCAUGUGUUAGGGAAACUGGUUUGGUAACUGUCUCUAUUGAACUAAUAAAGACUAAAGCACAAAUUGUAUACAUUUGAAGCCAUUUGUGCUGUAUUUUUAUUUAUAAAUGGCACUGAAAAUCUUAGUGGUUAUCAGAUCAUUUUACCCUCCUUUCCCCAUACUAUGUCAGGUGCUGUGCAAUUUCUAAGUUGUUCUGAGCUCAUCCUAAAGCCCUAAUUGAUGUGAAAGGACCUCUUCAGUGUUAAUAUGACAUUGCUUGCUACUCAGUAUUUUUAGAUUAUAAAAGUUACAUUGGCAGACAAAUAACAAUUACUUGUAGUUAAUAAGCCCAUUCAACAGUCAAGUUGAGAAGAGCGCAAUUUCCAAUUCUCUUGAUGUUUACUUUAGAUAUCUUACUCAAAAGUUUUCCCUUUUUCUGUGACUUUUCUUAAAAUAUAUGCUUUACAAUACCUUUUCAUUAAGGUGUUAAGUUUGAUUAUUUUGUUUGAAUGAAUAGUCUGUAGUAUUUUUUUAUUGUCAACUGACUUCCUGGUGACUUUAGUGAUGAUUCUUUUGGAGCUCUGUGUGAAAAGUGCCUCUUCAGUUUGCACAUAUUAAUCAAUCUUCUUUUGUAUUGAUGUCAUCUUGGCUCAGUGGUAGUUCUCUGAGCUCUGGAACACCAUUCAAGCUCAAAUUUUAGGGCUUAAGCGCGUAAUUAUAAGAGAAUUGUUGGGCAUUGAGGGCAUACUACUUUGCUUGAGGUGUUGUCUUUCUGGUGAAACAUUAAAACAAGUUUCCAUUUGUCCUCUUUUAUGUGAAGGGUUUCUUAAAACUAUUCCAAGAAUAGGUGAGUUUUCCUAGUGUCCCUGCCAUUAUUUAACCAUCUGCCAGUAUCAUUAACACAAAUUGUCAUGUCAUCACUGGCUGGCAAAAUGAUACAGGUAGAUAAACUGGUAAUUCAAUUAGAUCUAGCUUUACAAGAGCCACAUUCUGAAAUAUUUAUAUUAUUUCCCCAAGCAAAUACGAAGGUGGUAUUUUCAUUUGUCUAAAAUGCCAAGUAUUUAAGUUUUAUAUUGUAACUUAAAUCUAGAAGGUGACAGUCUGUUAUUUGUAAAGCAAUUUUUAGUUGAAUUGCUACCCUCUUCAGAACACAACCGUUAGUUAAAAUUCAGAUUUUGAAAUAUAAAAAUAUACGGUAUCCUGCAAAUUGCUGUCUGACAGUAGCUUUUCAAUGUUAGUUCCUUACAUAAAUCAUUUACUAAUUUAUAUCCUUGCCUAAUAGUGAGAGGGGCUUAGUGUAUGAAACUCUAUCAUGUCUAUGCCAAAGUACUUUGCAAAACUUUUCCUACAAUAAUAUUACUUUUGUUAAUUCUGUUCCUUGCAGAUAAUGCACAAUACAUGCAGGAUAGUUAUUCCUAUCUGUAAAUUAUGCAUUAUGCCUUUUAUGGCUCUGGGCACAAUAUUUUAAAAAAAUAAUCUGAUAAGAUUGAACCGGGAAAGAGGAAUUUGUUCAGUUUCUUGAUGUGGAGAAAUUAAUAUUAGAUAUUUAGUAUGAAUGAGUUACCAAAUGUAUCUAAAAACUUUGCAUUCCCCUAGUAAUGUUACCAUAUCAUGUCUACUGGAAUAAGGUUCUUGAUUUCUUGGAGCAAAGUCAACUAACCAAAGUUCUGCAUCUACAUUAGGAAAAUCUGUAAAAGGAUCCUCCGUAGUGAAAAAAAAAUCACCCAAUGAUUAGAAAUAGUAUCUGAAACAGUUAGAAUCCUAAAUUUUCUCACAGCUUUAUAUGUCAUGUUUGGCCACUAUUUUGGGAAAUGUAUUUUAACUGGAAUGCUAAAAGAGAUAAAAUCAUCCUUGAGUAUUAGUGUUGUGAGAGAAUCAUAUAAUUCCCACUGCCUGACGUUAUAGAGAGGAGUACUCUAGCGAUAAAUGUAUUUGCAGCUGUGUGGCACUGGAAAUCAAGGUUAAAUUUCUACAAAAUUGUGCUGAGGUUUUGUACAAGCCACAAGCAACAGUUGAAAAUGUCAACUUCAAAUUAUUCCAAUAAGUUCAAAUUUGCACUGUUUCUACAUAAAUGAGAAUGACCUCUGUUAAAAUGAAAUGAAAAUGAAAAUGAGGGAAUAUUGUGAGCAGUGGAGCAGUUUUACGUUUUAGCAUUUGUCCAAAUCUUUGCACUUUCUAGGAAACAGAAUUUUUUUAGAUGAGCCUAAAAAUUGUCUAAACUGCGGGUCUAUUUGCUACCAAUGUGCACCAUCAACUGUCAAAUUAUAAAAAUAAAGCUUUCCUACAGCCUGAUUUUUAAAUAUCUCUUUCACCAUUGCUAUUAUUGGAUUAAUGCCCUCCUUAAUAAACUUAAACUUAUCAACUGAUCUGAUCUCUCAUAUUUUUGUGAAGCAAAAGCUAUAAUUAAGUUAGAACAUCUGAGUUCCUUGUGUACUUCAGUAACAGACCAUUUGUAAAAGUACACUGAUAAACUCGUUGGGAUAAUUUUACUUUCACAAUUUUUGCACUUUUCCUGCUUUUUGUUGUAGUUGAAAUGUGGAAUUUCAUUUUUUUAAAAACAACCCACUGAAACAGACUUCCUUUUGGUGCUUUUCUAUGAAUGUAAUGUUUCUUGCUGUCAGAGAUUGGUGAGUUUCAUCAAGCAGAAAGGACAACUGGUAUUCAAAACUGUUCAGCCUUUAGUUUCAUGUUUAGAACUACUGGAUGGACAGGCAUGAUUUUUAUACUCUUGAGUUUGCUUUAUGAUUAGAUUAGUGUGAAGCAUUGUUCCAAUUGUGUUACCUUCUUUACUGUUUGUGUUCAUAGACUUGCUUUCAAGUUGUUAACAAUUAUAUGGCUCCAAAGACAAUGAUCACAUUAAACGUUCCUCAACUCAGUCAUGUUGGGCCUGGCUAUCCUUGUUCAUUCAUCGUAUUAUGCUAGCUGUUUUAUGUACUGUAUUUUACCAUAUAAUUUAUCAUGCAUUCUGUGUACAUUUCUUAAAAUCUUUAUUUGCCAUUCUGGUUUUCUUCCUUUUAUUUUUUGUUUGUGCCACAAGUUUCCCCUGUGCAUCAGUUAACCGAGUAAUGCAGUAUCAAACAAAGAGUCUGUCUCCAAAAAUAAAUUUAGACUUUUUUGAGGGGGAAAAGGAAAUCUUCUUGCAAAAUGGGCAAAACAUUUGCAGUUUAUUCAAGAAUUUUCCCAGGAGGAGGGGGUGGAAAGUGUAGGGGUAAACAUCUUUACCUCAAUCUACCCUAGCUCCAAGGUUUUUUUUGCAGGUAAGUUCAAAGCUCUAUCAUUGUAGCACAGUAAUAGGUAAUUAAAUCAAUAAAUCUGGUUAACAUUGAGGACGACUUACUGUACUUCACAUUGGUCAAUUCCAGUCAGCCAAUUGAAGAGCUGGACUUGAAUGGCGGGUAUAAAUGGGGAAAAAAAUGUGUGCAUUUGAGUGCCAUUGGGUAAAAACUGCCUUCGGAAUUGGCCAGGCAAGUAAAAACAAAGUAUAGUAAAGGUAUAAAAUGGAUUGUAUCAAUUGUUGCAAACCUUGCCAACUUUGUAUUUCUGAAACCAAUAAUGGCUAUUUACUGGUGCCACAAGCUUCAUUAAAAAAAAAUCUACAGUUGUAGGUACAAUGGAUAGAGGCAGCAAUAAGUCACCAUCCCAUGAUGUAUUAUAAUGAGAGAGAAUGGUAUUCUAUUCAUAUUGUGUAGUAUAACUUUGAACUAAUAGCAAAUGUAUUUUUGUGAGAAUUUCAUACAAGAAUGUUGAGUUACAAUGUAUAAUACUGUGGCAUUGAUAAUUUCUAAUGGAACAACAACCGGAUAUUUAGAUGGUUACUGCAUAAAAUCUGUGAGGCAUUUCUAAUAUAUAAUGACUUGAUACUCUUUGUCAUUGAUGGACUGAUUUGGAAGAUAAAUAUGUAUAUUUGUACAUUUUCAGCCAUGUAUUUUAAUCUCUCCAAUCUUUUAGAUACAUACCUGAAUGGCAUUGAAACUGUUGACAGACCUGAUGAAUUUUUAAUAGACUUAACAUCAGCCUAAGUUCAUCUUGUUCAAACCUACAUUGUUUUAAUGACAGAAAAGUGGUUAAAGUUUACUAAUCUGUGUACCCAAUAUCAUUUAGAAUUCUGGUGGAUUGAGAAAGCAGUGCUUGUCAUUUCGGUAGACAAAAACAAGGAUGUGCAUACUGUUGUAAUCGGCAUUAUGAAAACCAACUUAAUUAUUUAACUGCAAUCACCAAACCCUUUGUAUUUUGGGGUUCCAACCAAUGUUAAUCAGCCAUGGAGAGAACAAGGAAUUUGGAUGCAUAAUUGUGGUCCAGAGUCUUAGGGUUUUGCUUCAAAAAAAUAAGAUGUUACUGAUAUUUUCUUCUCAGCUUUUUGACUGUUCUUGGGUAUUUUAAUCAAGAACACACAAAAAUUAUGCAUUUGCAAAUUUUUGUACAUUAUGAAGUGUUAGAUUUCAUUAUGUUAGUACAAUUACAUUGGUUGUACUAAUUAAAGGAAAGUGUUUAGUUGCCAUUGAAACUAUUAAGUUGUAGUUUUAGAAGAAAAUAAUCUCAUGCUGCUGCUACUGUUCCAACCUGUUUCUUUGCAUCCUUCUACUAGCUCUUACUAAUGUUCAAGCUGUUUUUACGAGGUGGGCACAAACUGUAUAAAAUCUUAAUCUUAUGGUUUGUUUGAGGUUACAGAAAUCUUAUAUUUGGAUGUUUUGCCAAUCCUUCCACAUCCUUUUAAUCAUAUGUAUUUUUUCCUAGUGUUUUUCUUUUAAAUUUCAGCCGCUGAUGUCAAUCUUUUGCACUUGGUCCAUUUCAGAGUAGUUAAUGAACCAAAGAUCAAGGCUGAUUGAAUAGUUCCAAGUGCAAUUUUUGGUGUAAAUGUGUUUUAAAAUGAUCAGAUAUGGAAACUACUUAUGCCCUCUACCUUUUGGCAUGCAUACUGGAUUUUGAUUUCCUUUGUCCAGUAAUCAUUAAGCAUAUUAACAAAUGUGUGUACCCCCCAUGGUAGCACGGGAGUUUAGCACUACACAAUUAUAACUUGGGGUUUAAGGGUUGGGAGUUCAAUUUUGACACCGUCUGUAAGGAGUUUGUAUGUCCAUCCCAUGAGUGUGUGGGUUUCCUUUGUGUGGUCUAGUUUCCUUCUAAAUUUCAAAGAUGUUCCAGUUAGUAAAUUAUCCUAUGAUUAGGGUAAGGUUAAAUAGGUGGGUUGCUGGGUGGUGUGGCUUGUUGGGCCAGAAGGGCCUGUUCAUAAAUAAAACCAUUUAACUAUUAUUCACAAAAGUAAGAAUUUAAGAGUAUAAAUUAAAAAAUGACAUGUGACUCCUUCAAAGGAGAAGUUAUAUGAUACAAUAAGUUACUCAAAUCCCUUGUUCUCAACUGAUUGAUCUACCAAGCCAUUUGCAUAGGUGCUGUGGUUGAGGAAGUCAAAAGUGGUCAUACUUUCUAGUUUUGAAACCCAUCAAAUGGAAAUGUGCAAAAUCUGGUGAGGACAUAACUCACAGAUUAAACACAUCAUGUCCUGAUUCAGAUUUGUAAACAUCACCACAUGGGUGAUGUUUACAAUUCCAGUUGGCAAAUGAAACUUAUCUAGGAAUGAAGGGCAUUUACAAUGUUUUGAUUAUAUUUCAUGGCUUUUUCUCAUGUAUUUUUAUUCUAAGACAUUUAAACCAUGCAUGCAUGUUUUAAAAAGUUGCAUUCAUUAUUUGAUAUUUACCCUUGAUAACAAUUUUUUUACAAAUUCAAGCUUUCUUUCAUGAUUUUCAAAAACAAAAUUGCAAAUCGCAAAUGAUUAUUGAUGUGUGCAUUCUCCAGAACAUGUUUUAGAAAUAAUACAAAAGGGUUAAAUAUGUUUUGACAUAGAAUAAGUAAUUUUUUUUAUACUGGUACUGAAAAUAAGGCCAAUUGUUGUUUGUCACGAAUCAAUUGAAAGAUGCCUUUUCUAAAGUUAACUUGAGCAGAGGAAGUCUGUAUGUAUCUUUAACACUGCAUUCAUGCAUGUUACACAUAUGUGACUUCAGAUAAAUUAACGAUCUGGUGAUUGGAUAGCCAAUACCCAUCUGUAAAUUGUAACAUUCCUUGUAUGAGACUUCUCUCAUUACUCUCAGACUCGUACAGCUUGGCACUAAAAGAACAAGAUGGCAUAUGAAAUUCCUGUAGUAAAGAAGAAAAUAGUGGUAAAAUAUUUUUGAUGUUUCCUUGUAAAUAUAACAAGACUACGAUGCUGUAAUAAUGUUAAACCUUCUGUAGUUUGUAUGUUGUAGAUUUCCUGAAAUGCCUGGAUGUUUGAAAGAAGCAGUCUGCUGCAAAGUAGGAAGUAACCACUAGAUGGUGAAACAUGUUUAUUUUUGUGGUCAUUUAACUGGAGAAGUCUACACUACACUUUAUAAGGUGAUAAUGGUUAACAACUUUGUGUGCCUGUAGAUUUUAUAUUCGGACAAUGAAAGAACUUCCAUGAUUAUUCACCUUUUGCAUAUCUGCACAGGCUGAUUUCCAGAAAUCUGUUUUAUAUUGCAUUGUAUUUUAUACUGUAUUGAGAAUGAUUUGCCCAUCAUACAUACUUUGAGAUAAAUUUGUAUAUGUUGUCAGCAUGUUUUUAUCAGUAUCACCUCUGUUUUGUGUGGACAGAUAUAAUAUCAUUCUUCUUAUCGAUCGCCUUUUACAGAUUUGAUGUUUUACAAUACUUCAGAUUUUGAAUUGAAAUGAGAGAUUUGGUUUGCAAUGUAAAUUGUUAUUACAUUAUGAACCAGCCUUUAAGAAUCCUCCAAAACAUUUAAUCCCAGAGAAAAACAAAAAAUCCUUUCUUAAUUCAGACAAAGGCAAUGCUAUAAACAUUCCAGUCGGCAUUACUUCCUUUUGUGUAAUAAAAAUUAGUUUUUGGGGUCAGUUUCAAAUUGACUUGGCUUGAUGUCCCAAAAAUACUUUGAACUAUUUAAAAAAUAAUAGCUAAUGCCUUUAAAUUUGCACAACUACCAAUUUGUCCAGCAUUUUAAGAUUACUGUGUAACAUAAUAGUCUGAAACUUUUAAAAUGUUGAGAACUUUAUGCAAAUACAGAAAACCUUGUCAUUCUAUUUGUCGGGCCUAACCUGUCUUGGUCUGUACUAUAUUGUAGUUAUAAUGAACUCUGAAUCCAAGAAUUGAAAAUCCAAUACACUGGUGAAAGCAGGUAUCUUUCAACUAUUUACAGUCUUUAUUUUUACCUCAUGUUGAAUAUAAUCUUGCAACUGUUGGUUUGAAAGAUUAUCAGUCCACCCAUUUCUGAAAUGGCAUUCCGUGAAAAUACAAUGUGAGUACACUGGCCAUAAAUAACUGUUAGUGAUUUUAAUAAUAAAAAUAAUUGCAGUGUUGAGUUAUGUGAGAGACCAUUUUGAUUUCCAUAAGCAGCUAAUAUUAAAAGUUUGGUGCUCUUGCAACAGUUAGAAUAAAUAUAUUGUUUUCAUUUAUAGCAUAAUGAUACAAAUAUUGAAUUAAAUUCACAAAUUGGGAAGAAAAAAAUGUCAUCUGAAAGCAGGAGCUUAGGGGAAUGUUCAAAACAUUCUUGUGUUAUAUUCAUCAUAUAUAGUGUUCAUUUACUGGAAGUGUGCCUUUUGAAUAAAGGUCACUUGUAAAAGGGAUUAUGUGUUGAAGUUUUGAAUAGAUUAAAGGAAAAUACCAACAUGUUCUAAUAGUUCAACCCAAUUUAAAAAAUGGCAGUGAAGAUAUCUGAACACUUUUGAGUUGUGGGAAUUUUUUUUACCGACAUAGAAUAAUGUAUUUUUGAAAAUAUCGUGGUGGUAUUUUUAGUCAAUGCUGGCCUUGCUUACUACAUGCUGCACUGGAAUAUGAAGAUAUAAAACUGAAUAUGGGAUUUUUAUUUGAAAUCUGAAAGCUUGUUACAAGUAUUGAAGAUCUGAUUGGAUAUACUUGGGGAGAGAUUAAAAAUCCCUUUUUAAUUUUCAAGAAAAGAAAAACAAUUUGUAUUAACUAGUUUUCAAUUGUGAGAAGCUAUUUCAAUUACUAAUAGGCACUAGUUUUGUAUGAAAUCUCCCAACUUCUGAAGACUUAGUUACUUUUUUUGCUCUUAAUUUUCUGUCAUGUGCAAUGAGGUUUUAAAAGAACAUCCUUUAGGAGUCUAUAAAAGGGUAUAAUGAGAAGUGACCUGAAAACCUUACCUACCCCUCAGUAAAAAAAACUGCUGCACUACACUUUUUUUUUAUCCCACUGAAGUCUCUUGAAAGACUUUAUAAUUCCAGAAAUUGAACUAAAUAUGUUUGCAGUGCCUGUCAGCCAAGUGAUGAUAUGUCAUGUGACAACAUAAUGUUUAUGUACAGACAGUCUCACCAAAAUUGCUUGUUGCUAAUUUAGCUCAAGUAUUUGUAUGACUGUUGUGCAUGGACUGUGACUCUAUCCCAAGUUUCACAAACAGUUUUGAAAAGGCUAAAAGUGUAACUACUGGCAAUGUAUUUGAAGUGUAGAGUAUUAAGAUACUAGGUGUUGAAUUGACACUCCUUGUGAAAUUAACUGUGCCUAGCCAAUCUGAUUUAAUAAUUAAAAUAUCCCCAAAGCAAUCUUGUUUCAUUAUAAAUGGGAAUACUUGUAUUAACCAUUCUUAAUGUACUGCAGAUGUUUUCUCUGAAUUUGGUUAAAAAAGUUAAAAGUAAUGCAGACUUCCCUCUCAAUGAGUGACCAGUUUAGUAUUGUUUGUCUCGUGUGAAAACUUUUGUUUGUCAUUUUGUACAAUACAAUAAAACCUUGAUAAAUAAAGUCACUUUUCAUGCUUGUUUUACUGGAUGAAUAACAAUCUUGCAGCGACUUCCUUCUUUCCAUUCCUUAUCUCACCUGCAGGAAAAAAUACUGAGGCAUUGAAGUUGACUGGGAAGAAAUAUAUGUGUAUCUUUUUUCUACAUGAAUGCAAUGUUUGAUGCUACACCGUUGAAGCAGUCAACCUCAGGAAUAUUAGUCUUUAUUAAACUGCAUUUCACUUAUCUAGAACUUGUUGCUCAAGUACUUAACUUCAUACUUCUUCCUCUAUGCAUGUAAUGGGCAGCAAAGUGGUGUGCCAGCACUGCCUCACAGCUCCUGGGACUCUGGUUUGAUUCUGUCCUCAGCAGAUGUCCAUAUGGAUUUUCGCAUUCUGUUUGUGAUUCCAUGGGUUUCAGAUUUUAUUUCUUCCCGUGUCGUGAAAGGUUAAGUAGCUUCUGUAACAUACUCUUCAGUGUUGGUAAGAGACAAAAGAAAGUGCAACUGAUGGGCAUGUAACAGAAGGAGUUGCAGUUGUACAGGGAAGUGACGAUAGUGGGAAUGUGGCUGAUGGGAUUAGGCUGUUGGUAUGGUGUAGACCG